UUUAUUACAAUCUGAAUAUGUGUAUUGAGACAUUAGUUGUAUCUUGAAACAUGGGGGAAACUUUUGGCGAGAUCACAGAUGAAGAACUGAACGAGGCUUUUAAUCGGGUAAAAGAAAAGUUUAAUGGAUAUGAUAUUAUGAGAGAAAGUUUCUACGAAAUUCGGGAUGGUAUAGGUGACAUAGUCAAAACGUGCUCAAAAAAUGUCAAAGUUGUCAUCUAUGUGAAUGAUGUUUUGGAUAGUCCCAUAACAGUGCAAUCAGGAAAUGCCGAAAACAGACUUAGAAUUACAAUCAAAUCGAGAGGACGAGUGUCCUACAGCUGGACGAAGGAAACAUGGGGGAAGGUAUUUAGAGAUGCUUGGAUUGGAAUAAAGUCUCUCCUCCAAAGAAUACUUACGUUUAUUGCAUCCAACGCAAGAAGUCUUCUUGGACUUGGGCAAGCGGCCUUGGCGGCAAUCGGCUUUUAA